AUGCAUAUGAGGAGGUGGGCAGGAAGCUGGUGGACCAUCAAGAUCAGCGGAGCAGCAGCAGCAGCCGCGAAGCGGCGGGACUGGAACACCUUCGGGCAGUACCUCCGGAACCAGCGGCCGCCGGUGGGGCUGCCGCAGUGCAACUACAGCCACGUCCUUGAUUUCCUCCGGUACUUAGAUCAGUUUGGUAAGACUAAGGUUCACGUACAGGGGUGCGUGUUCUUCGGGCAGCCAGAGCCGGCGGGGCCCUGCAGCUGCCCGCUGAGGCAGGCGUGGGGCAGCCUAGAUGCACUGAUCGGGCGGCUGCGGGCAGCCUACGAGGAGAACGGAGGAGCGGCGGAGACGAACCCUUUUGCGAAUGGGGCCAUACGCGUGUAUCUGAGGGAGGUGAGGGAGUCUCAGGCGAAGGCGCGGGGGAUACCCUACAAGAAGAAGAAGAAGAAGAAGAAGAGGAAAGCUAGUGAUCAUGAUCAAGGGACGAUGAUGCCCUCCAAUUCCAGUUUUCAAUCUUCUGGAAUUUGAUGCUUAUUUCAUUAUAAUUAACGAGUAAAAUCUCUCUCUCUCUCUCUCUCUCUAUAUAUAUAUAUAUAUAUUAAUAUACAUAUAAAAAUAUGAAAAUAUUUUGUGGGUUUUUUAUUUGAACUGCAGAAUUGGUGAAUGUUUGUCUUUUCUUUGAUCUUGAAGUGCUUGAAGCUCAUUUAUGUCUUGAUGGGAAAAACAUGUAAUUUUUACUUUUUAUCUUGAUAUAUAUAUAUAUAUAUAUAUAUAUGUAUAUGAUAAACUGAUGAAAGUUGGUGUUUGGUGUAUAAAUGGUUUACUGUAAAUGUGGCAUUUAGCUAAAU